CUCACCGACUUCGACUACCGAGGAAACACAUACUACACCGUCAAAAACCUCAGUCUGUACGAAUGCCAAGGCUGGUGUCGAGAAGAGCCGGAUUGCCAAGCGGCGGCAUUCAGCUUCGUCUUGAAUCCGCUCAUACCCAUCCAAGAGACGCUGUGCCAGCUUCAGAACGAAACGUCUUCCAAUAAUCCCUCGGCGACGGCUCAAAGAGCCGCCAACAUGUAUUACAUGACGAAGCUGCAAUUAAGAUCGGAGAACAUUUGCUUGAGACCUUGGGCGUUCGAGAGGGUGCCGAACAAGAUGAUUCGGGGGUUGGAUAACGCUUUGAUUUAUACGUCAACGAAGGAGGCUUGUUUGGCAGCUUGUUUGAACGAGCAUCGAUUCACGUGCCGUUCGGCAGAGUACAACUACGUAACGCUCCAGUGUCAACUGAGUGACACAGACCGCAGGACGGCAGGCCAAUUCGUACAAUUCGUGGACGCCCAGGGGGUGGACUACUUCGAAAAUCUGUGUCUCAAAGGCAACCAAGCGUGCAAAGGCAACCGUAACUUCCAAGUUCCCAGAAUUGGAGUUGCAGACGAUAAAGUGGCUCAGUAUGCUAGCCUGCAUUAUUAUACCGACAAAGAAUUACAAGUUACCAGUGAAGCGGCCUGCAGACUUGCUUGCGAAAUUGAAAACGAAUUUUUGUGCAGAUCGUUCCUCUACAAGGGACCCCCGCAGGGAAGUCAAUACAAUUGUCAACUGUUCCAUUUGGACCACAAGACUCUUGCUGAUGGACCAAGCACGUAUUUGAAUGCCGAACGACCUCUAAUAGAUAACGGAGAAAGAAUUGGAACGUAUUUUGAAAACAACUGUGAAAAAUCGCCUGCGGCUUCCGCCGGAUCGGCCGAUAACACUCUACCGGUCGUUUUCGAAACUACGGAAGACGCCACUUUGAACAAUUUGACGAGGACCGAUGUGAAUUGCGACAAAACUGGUACCUGUUAUGAUGUAUCGGUGAACUGCAAAGACACCAAGAUCGCCGUCCAAGUUCGAACUAAUAAGCCUUUCAACGGCAGGAUUUAUGCCCUGGGUAGGUCGGAGACAUGCAACGUGGACGUCGCCAACAGCGAUCUAUUCAGAUUAGACUUGACCAUGACUGGACAGGACUGCAAUACUCAAUCAGUGACGGGUGUCUACAGCAACACAGUAGUACUUCAACAUCACAGCGUGGUCAUGACGAAAGCAGAUAAAAUCUACAAAGUGAAAUGUACCUACGACAUGUCUUCCAAGAACAUCACAUUCGGCAUGAUGCCAAUCAGAGAUCCAGAAAUGAUAAGCAUUACUUCCGCUCCAGAAGCACCACCACCAAGGAUCCGUAUCCUGGACAGCAGAUUGCGUGAAGUUGAAACCGUCAGGAUCGGAGAUAAACUCACGUUCAGGAUUGAAAUUCCGGAAGACACUCCAUAUGGUAUCUUUGCAAGAAGUUGCGUCGCUAUGGCCAAGGAUUCCAAGAGCACCUUCCAAAUUAUCGACGAUGAGGGAUGUCCAGUUGACGCGACCAUUUUCCCUGCCUUUUCCCCAGAUGGCACUGCUCUUCAAUCAGUAUACGAAGCUUUUAGGUUUACCGAAUCAUAUGGAGUCAUCUUCCAAUGUAAUGUAAAGUACUGCUUGGGACCAUGUGAACCUGCUGUUUGUGAAUGGGGCAGGGAGUCGCUAGAAUCAUGGGGCAGAAAGAAGAGAAGCAUUGCAAACCAAACUGAUGACGAAAAAGAAGAAGAUAUGACCCUUAGCCAAGAAAUUUUAGUAUUAGAUUUUGGAGAUGACAAACAAUCCGAGUUCUUAAAGAGUGAUUUGUCUAGUACCGAUUUUGGUAAAGAUAAAACAGUGACGAUCAUCGAACCAUGUCCCACGAAAACCUCAGUAUUAGCCUUAGGAGUCACGUGUGCCUUACUAGUUUUAUUAUACAUCAGCACACUCUUCUGUUACUACAUGAAAAAAUGGUUGAACCCCGGCAAACACAUUGCCUGAAAAUAAUUAAAAUAAAAAGACUCUUUGGUGCUUAGAGAAUAAUAUUUUUAUACCGAAUCGAUAUUUAACGAAAUGUACGAGGGUCGGCCAAAAAGACGUUUGAUCAAAUCAAAUGUACGAUUAAUUACUGGUAGACCUUCGUAUAUGAUUAAAUCAAACAAAUAUAGCAAAUAUGGGAGCGGGAAAAAUCCCAUAGAAAACAAUAAUUUCGCAAUAAUUAUCGUUAAGUAACUCAAAUUUCGGGUUUGGUGGAGGACUGGUGGUGGGACAGCUUUGUAAAUCUGUGAUAUACGGGGUCACUCAAAAAUGAAGUAGAGGGAGAAAGUGCAAUAAGUAACCGAAAUUUAUACCUCGAAAUUUUUAUGUUAAAUGUAAAUAAAAUUUGAGAGAUAUAAGUUUAAGCUUUCUUUUUUUUUUGGAUCGGUCGUAAAAGUGCUAGAGGAAGAAAGUUUCGAAACAUUUUCUAUUUAAGAAAUUUUUGAGUCGCCUGGUAUAAGGACUGCUUUAUUUUACCGUUACAAAACAUAUUUUACUCUUUUGAUCUCUAUUAACCGUUAAUGGCUAUAAAAUUAUAUUUAAUUAUUUAUCUAAUUUUAUUUAUUUAUUUAAAUUUUUUUCCAAGUAAAAAUAUGAGUUAAAGAAAGAAACAA